UGUGUUGGGGGCUUGAAAUCCGGCCCGGAAGCAGCCGCUCUGUUGGAUUCCCUUUUGGGAAAGCCCGCGAGUGAAAGGCUUACUAAAUUUGCUUGUGAUCUGAAGGAGGCGUGGGACUCGGAAAGGGGUUGUGAUGCCGGCGUCGAGGAGUUCUCUCUGGGAGCCGUGGUGGAUAAGAGAGAUCGGGCCGAUUUGCACGGCGCCAUCAGGCAGAGAUUCCCCUUCUUGGUCACUGUGACAAAGGACAACGAAAUGGUUGUGAAAGGAAAUGCUGACUACAGAGAACUCUGUCAGCUAGUGACUGAAAAGGAAACAAGCGAUUUCUUUAAAUUUUUAGAUGCCAAGGUAGAAAAUUCCACUUUUUCUUUUGAGCCUGAUGGAAAUAAGGAGCACAGAAAAGUAGUUCACCACUUCAUCAAUAAAAAAUUUGGGAAAAUUUUGGAAACAAAGUCUUUUACUGUGAGAGAUGUCAGUCAUAAGCCAAAUAUGUCAAUAAUGGUAAGGUUUAGAGGGAGAAGUUGCUCCAGAAAGAGAUCUGCUGAUGGUUUCCAGAUAAAACAAGAUCUUUAUACAGCUUUCACCCUUCAGAAAGAAAAUCUAGAAACACUGGAAGCAAUCAACUUCUUGGCUGCUGAACUUGGAGUUCUUCCCUCAGACUUCAGUUACACCGGCAUCAAAGAUAAGAAGGCUAUUACGUACCAACUGAUGGUUGUGAAGAAGGUUACUCCUCAGAGGUUGAAAGACAUUGAAAGCAAACUGGAAAAAAAGGGCAUGAGAAUACACAACAUACAUUCAGCACACCAGCAUCUUAGACUUGGUCAGCUGAAAGGCAAUCACUUUGAUAUAGUUGUGAGAGAUCUCAAACACCACAAUCAUGAUUCUCCUGUAGAUCUGAAAGAAAGAAUAUCUGAAGCAAUGGAAAAUAUUGAGGCAAAGGGUUUUGUGAAUUAUUAUGGACCUCAGCGCUUCGGACAAGGACAAAAUGUUCAGACAGAUCAAAUAGGAUUGGCUCUACUGAAUGAAAAAAUGGUGAAAGCUGUAAAAUUAUUCUUCACAGCUGAAGAUACCGAUGACCCUGUAAAUAAUGCCAAAAGAUACUUUCUUCAAACUGAAGAUGCAAAGGGGACACUCUCAAUGCUGCCAGAAUUUAAAGUGAGAGAGAAGAUGGUGUUACGUGCUUUACAUCGCUACGGUGUAAAUCAAGAAGGCUGUACUAAAGGAUGGCUCAGUAUUCCUCAUUCAAUGCGCAUAUUCUACGUCCACGCUUACUGCAGUCAAAUAUGGAAUGAAGCAACAUCAUACAGGCUGAAGACUUAUGGUUCCAAAGUUGUUGAGGGUGAUCUGGUCUUCUCAGAAGAAAAUGACGAAAGCCUUUCCCUGAAUGACAAGGUUCAUGUUGUCACUGCUCUGGAAGAGUCAGCUAACAAGUACUCUAUACAUCAAGUUGUUCUUCCAAUGGUGGGCCAUAGUAUCAAGUAUCCAAGUAAUAAAGUUGGGCAGUGGUACCGUGAAAGACUUUCUAAGGAUGAGCUGCAGAUGUGCAAAUUCCGAGUGCCUCCAUUGCAGCUGAAUGUCCCUGGGUGCUACAGACACAUCUUGAAAAACGUUCAGAAUCUUUCCUAUUUUUUGGAAGGUAGUGAAGAAGGAAGCAAAGUUGAAGACAACCAUCUGAAUGAGUCAAAAGUAUCUCUUCAUAUAUCAUUUGACCUUGAUCCUUCGUGCUAUGCAACAGUCUGUCUCAGAGAAAUAAUGAAAUGUGACUUUUAAGAUUUCAGUUAAUGAAAGACUGCAUGAAUUUUAUACCAAUGGUUAUAUUUUUGUGUAAUGGGAAAAAAAAAAUAUCACAAUUUCAAACCAGGAACAGCAAAAAUUAAUAGAUUGAGAUUCAUACUGACUGGGGAAGAAAACCACCAGAAUCCCAGUUCCAGAAACAUUCCAAACUCUAAAUGCAAAUCUGGAGUAAAAAAUGCAAAGCUAUGUGUCGUGUCAGACAGGUUUAACAGAACUUAAAGAAGCUGUGGGCUGCAAGCAUGAAUUUCACACUUGCACAGAUAUCCAGCUUGCAGUUAUGUCCUGGAAACAUGUUUGCAGCAAACAGAGGUAUCUUUUAUUUCACAGUCAUUUCUUAAAAGCUGGUUGAUACUAAAUAUUUGGGGACACUGAUUAGCAAUUAUGUCACAAGUUGUAACCUGCAGGAAUCGAGCCAAGAAGCUGCUGUACUGAGAUUCACUGGAUUUGUUUUUUUUCAUUGCAUUCUCAUACCAAGUGUUAAAGGUAGAAGUCCUGAACCAAAGGUAACAGAUUACCUGGCAUACUGUCAGUCAUUGGAAUACUACAGUUUAAAUUAAUGCUGAUGAUUCCAGGACUAAGCUGUACAUAACUUUCUAGAUAGUGCUUAUUCAAGUAAGCUCAGUAAGAUGAGGUGUGUAAUUACUAUAAUUGCAAAAGAGUUCGUAGUAAAAUCCAAACACUGAUUUAUUGUGUACAGGGAGGAGAUUCUAUUCCUAUUACUGUAAGGUCUUAUGGUGACAAAGACUUUUUAAUGGAACCACUAAUGGAAAAAAAAAAUAAAAACUUUUAUAUUCUUUUUAUUUUAUAUUUAAAAAGUUAACUGUGACAAAAUGAGUGCAUUUGUGGACAAAGGAAGAACAAAGAAUGUAAUUUACCUUGACGUUUCAAAGCUAUUCUUGUAGCAAAGUUUAGAGGUGUUUUCUAGAUGAGUUUACAAAUGAGAUAAAACAAAAAAGUGGUUGGAGGAGGUUAGAAGAAUAGUGGUUAAUGGGUCGUAACCUAAUUGGAGUGAAUACCCUAGGGGUCUCUCCUGGGCUAUUUAGUGACUUUGUCAGUGACCUGGAAGGGGGCAUGGAGUUCACUUUCAACAAGUUUGCAGUUUACACUACCAUAAAGAAACAAAGGGAAAUACUGGGGAAUCUGUCUUUUAGGGGGACGUAGACAUGUUGGAGGAAUAUACCAACAGGAACUUUACAAGAGUUAAACAGGUGAAAUGCAAAGUGCUGCCCCUGGGAAGAAAGCACUCCUGCAGCAGGCCAGGCUGGAGUGCAGCAGCUAUGUGGGAACAGCAGUGAGCAGCUGAGCAUGGGUCAGCCAUGUGUCCUGGCAGCAAAGACCUCCAGCAAUCUCCUGAACUCUCUUAGCAAGGACAAAGCCAAUAGAUUAAAGGGAAGAUCUAAUUUUUCUGCACGUUAGAUCACACUUAAUUCUUAUGCUCAACUUUUAUCUCCAACACGACAAAAAAUGAGUUUAAUGAACAACUCCCAAGCUAGCUGGGGGCUGAGCACUUGUCCUUGGAGGAGAGGCUGUAGGAGCUGGGCUUCCUCAACCUGGAGAGAAGACAGGUUUGGGGUGGGGUUGGGGAGCCAACAGCAGCUCCCACUACAUCUGGGAAGGUUAGCAAGAAGAUGGCACCUGGCUUCACAGUGGUGCUUGGAAGGAGGAGACAUAAACAGGCAUAAACUGAAAUGAGAGGUUCAGCCUGGUUAUAAGGAAAUACUUUUUUUUCUGUAUAAGGACAAUGGGGGCAGUGGAACAGUCUGUGCAGUCUUCAACCAAGGAGAUUUCCACAGCCCAACAGAGCUCUCAGCAAACUGGUCUGAUCUCAGAUGCGGCCCUGCCUGGCCUAGAGAGCAGAGAUCACUUCCAGCCUCAAUUACCCUGCUAUUCUAAGCAGAGUGGUGUGUCUAUUCUAGCUGUAGAUGGCAGCAUGACUUAAAAGUAGGAUGGAAAACUCUACCCAUUUUUACUGAGUGAAUUAGUAUCAUGAAUUUUGUUUCUGGCAUCAGUCUUUCAGUUGUUGGAACAGUGAAGCAACGUAAAUCUCUAAAGGUUGAUAAACCAUUUAUUUAUGCAACUUUUAUAAAAAUACCACUCCCAUGAUUUCAAAGCUUGCAUAAAAUUGUGUAGCAAUGACAGAUCUGGAUAUUUCACUGCUUUAAGUAAGAGGAUUAUUCUGUAAGUCUGUGUAAGUCAUUCAAAAUUUGACGCUUUGCUUUAGUAUGGGAAAAUAGAUUGUCAUGCAAACAAUAGCUGCAGAGCCACUGGGAACAACUUAGAAUGUUUGCUCUAUUAAACUGCUUAGUUUACACCUCAGUUGUAUGGUAUGCAUCCAAACUGAAUGAAAAAUCCAUUUCCAUGGCACAAGCCAGCCAAGACAGCUUUGUUCCCGUCUUUGCUUUUCAGUAUCACCUCUUCUGUCUUCCACCUGCACUUAAAAAUACCAAUCAUUUUGCUACUUGAGUGCUGCUCAAAAAGAGUUGUCAGCACUCACGUAUUAAAGUGCAGACAAGAUGUUGCAUGCAGUCACAACAACCAGAAGAAAAAAACUGGCAUUGAAAUUCUACAUAAACUACUGUGGUCUUCCAUGUAGCUCAAAACAGCCUUGAAAACUGUCUCAUCACAAACAAAAUUUGAAUGCACAGCAUUAAAAGUUGAUCCUUGAUUUGGAAAGAUGUGAAAGGUCAGAUUAAAACAUUUUUGACUGAAGGCAUUCUAUUUAAAAAUAAAAGAUCAGAAGAUGGUGCUAACAGAGUUCCUCUAUAAUCAUUUUAGGCUCAUUUGUCAGUACCACUAUUGAACACUAAAAGAGCUAAUCUUCUUAAGCAAAUCAUUCUUUCAGCAACUUUAUGUGAAAGAGCUAAUUAUGUGUGUCAAUGGGUUAAAUUCCUUUAAGAUAAAAGUUCUAGUAGGGAAAAGUCGGGUUAGCUAUUAGAGUGUUUAUAUGCUAAACAUCCUGCUUAUUUCAGUGGGCAUUUAUUGCUAAAUCAUUCUCUAAAUCUCACCAGCUUUUUGCAGGAUUAUGUACAUGAACUGUUGAAUUAAGGACUUUUGUAUGAGUGCAGUACUCAGCUUUUUAAGGCUAACCUACAGAAGUAAUACAGCUGUGUCCCUGCGUUUGGAAAAGAAGAUAAUCACUGUGUACUGAUGUGAGUUUAAGGAAAAGAUUGAUGUCUUGGUGAUCUCUCAUCUUACUAAGUACUUCUAUUGCCACCAUCCUUUUCUGAUAAGCCUCAAAGCACUUUGCUAUUACUAAUGAACACAGGUCUCUGAGUCUGUUUCUAACAAAAGGGGUUUUAAGUUCAAUAGCCAGUUGAUUUUUUUCAUCGGAUGUGAUAGGUAAUCAAGCAUUUGAAUGGGAAAGAAUGCAAAUGUUCUUAAGCUGUGAAAUCUUGUUACUUUUAAUUUGUUCUGAAUUUGACAAGUAUUAUACUCAAUAAGAAUAUACGAAUUUUCAGAUCUCCCAAAAUGAGAUGGAUUAAAAUUACAUUCUUAUCAUAAAGACAGCACAGAAGCCAGGUAGAUGUGUGACUAUUGGCCCAAUCCAUUUAUCCAACCCCAUUAUCUCCUCUCUUAGUGUUGACAUCUGUCAGCCGAUGAUCUGAUCCGUCACACCCAGCUGAUGAAUACAAACUCCUUUCUAUUCCCUUGAACAAUUUCUGCCCAUUAUAAAAGCUCAAGGAAUCAAGCUGAGAAACUAUUAACACUUUCCCUUCUCUCAGUCCCCAGCUGUGCCUUCCAGCGCAUCGGUUCCUUUUUAAAUUCUUUAAGAUGAAGCCAAAAAGUGAGCUCCAAGUGCACACCAGGCCCACUUUACAUUCAGAUAGAGGAACAACGGUAAAAAACAGAGGUUGAUAAUUUGGGCAGCUUCAAACCCUGCACAUGAGUGUGUUCCAUUUUGAAGCUAGACAACAUUAAGUACAAAGUGAAAAAACUGAAUCAUUUUGAAGGUGGAGUAUCCUCAAUACUCCAAAUAAGUUCAUCUGCUUCUGUUGCACCUAAUAGCUUGUUUAUGUGGCAUUAUUGAGCAUGUUGUGUUUGCAAAGAAGGCAGAAUCAAUGAAAUCCUGUUUGCAGCAUCAAGCAGAAUUUUCUUCAUUCCUCUUGGUGGAAAUCAGAAUCUUGUACUACGGCAGUUGAAAUGUGUUUUCAGCUUUUACACCAGUGCUUUCACCUGGCUAGGAUAGCGACGUUUUUAGUUAGCUUUAGAAAUGAUUGAUUGAAAAAAGCAAACAAAAAGAUUCUAUCUUUCAGAGCAUUCCUGCAAUUAAAAACUUAAAAGCCAAGUCAGUUCUUUCCAAGUAAAUCAUGAUCACUCAAGUAUCCACUACUUCUAUCCUGUAACGUAUAUGCCUAUGACUGAUCUCUCAUUUUUCACCUCUUUAACAAUAUAUAGUUUAUGUUUAUAUAAUUAUAUAGCUUAAAGAUCUACUCUAUCUUGAAAUAGCUGUAUAAAAUACGCAUUGUAGUUACCAGUAUUUGAAGUUGAGUGGAAGGCAUGCGAAAUAUGUUGAAGAGGGCAAGAUGUGUUACGAUAUUUUAAAAUGCUCUUUGGAUGUGAAUAAUCUUGGUUUGGGUCUGUACUCUGCCUAGUGCAAAGUGGAAAACUGAAUCCAGAUUAUAUCAUAAUCUCUGAACCAGUACUGCAGCCAAUGCAAGUUACUGUUCAUGAAGGGAAUGACCAAGUUUGACAUUUGUAACAAAAAGUAAGAAAAAAUUGCUUGAAAUUUGAAUUUGGGAGACAAAAGGUCAAGUUCUGAUCCAGAUGAAAAAGACUUGGAAUCCACGUGCUGUAUUCACCAGAUCAUUCUACAACAUGCAACUGGCAAGCCAUAGGCCCACUAUUAGUACUUUAGGUCCUAGCAGUAAGAUAUCAGGAAGACAGUCUAUGCGAAUUCUCCUCCAGAAAAGUUUUGGGAUGAGAAAAUGAGGAGAUAUUUAGUUCAUUUUCUAUGUACACAGCAGCAGAACUGAGAUAAGAUGGGAACUCAGACUCCUCAAGGAUGUGCAUACACUAAGCAGGAAAUUUGAGAGUGUUCAUAAUAAUGCAACUACUGCUGAAAAGCCAGUACUCAAGAGGCAACAUCUCAUAGAAAAUCAAGCUAAGCACUCAGUCGUCAAAUAUUUGGUCUGUAAGUUUGGGGUUAACAGUAUCAGUUAAGAGUGCAGUUAAAUUUAAUCCUAAAUUUAUACCUAAAGAUCUGAUAUAAUGUGCUGAAACAGGUGGGAUUGCAAACCACUACUGCCUUAUCCAAGGAGGAAAUAAUCAUCACUUAACAGCAGCAACACAGAGUCAUAGACUAUGUGCUUGUGAUACAGCCCAGACAACAAACCAACUUCUGACUCACCGCCAGCAUCCCAUUGGGGUGGUGCAAGCACUACUUCCAUCAUGCAGGCAGAAAUGAUGAGGAAGGCGAAGUCUGCCUCCACUCUAACCUGCCAGAGUUCAUCUGAUGCUUUGUUAAGUCAGGAAUUUCUGUUCAUUUUGUCUAGUGUCUUUCUUGGCAUACCUAGCCUGGCUGACAGCCAUCCCAUGACGGCGGCUAGAAAGUAUGAUGGUGUUUUCCUGAGAUAAAGAUAUUUCAGGAAAGAGGCAAGGGGAUCUUGUGCUAGGAGUGAGAACAUGUCGGCCUCCACAGCCAGUCCAGCCCAGCUAGGCCGCAGCAGGGCUCCAGCCCUCCACAGCCCUGCCCUGCCCUGUCCAGCCACGGGUCCUGCUCGGUCAGUCCCACUGUCAGGCCUUUUGACCAGCCCAGCCUCAGCUCUCUCCCAGGAGGUGUCCAGUGCUGGGGCUGGGGCUACACCAAUGCCUCCAGCUCCCCUGCCAUUGUCUGGGAUGGGAGAAGCCUCCAGUGGCAUGGUGCCUGACAGCCAUAGUAUUAUCUCCCUCAUAAGACAUCAAUGGCACCUGGUGCCAACAGACCAUAGAAUUUCCAAUAGCUUCCUUUGAAAAGCAACUUUUUUUUACACCUUGCGAAUAAUGCUUGUUCACUAAAUGGCUGUCAAAUCAAUGAGUUACUCCAAAAAAUACUGGAAAACAGCAAGGUAGAAUUUACUACCUUGCAUGGGCUGUGAGACCUGGCAGGAUUCCUGAUACAGACACUGCUUAUCUCCUACCAGUGUUUCCAAAAUAAAGAGUAGAUUUCUGUUUCACAACAUUUUCACAGAAGCACACACUUAGGUACUUCAGCAAUGUCUCAAGUAGACCAUUAGUUUCUUAUUCUCCCAGAAUAUAUUCUGAAAUGUCACUGAAAAUUAGCUCUCACCUAUCUGCUUUUCCCAAGGAGAAAAACAAAGAAAACCAACAAUAUACUUCAAAUUAAAAUCUCUCUCAACAAUAGAGAGUUCUGCACUUCUUGUUUACUCAGGUUGCCACAAUCAGGCUGAGUGAGUACAUCCUGUGGUGGGUCAGGCAAUACAAAUUCAGGUCCUCUAUUGCCUGAGUGGAGAAUAAACAUUUGGGAUGGAUGCUUUUCAUGACUGAUCUAAGAGAAUGGUGAUGAGGAGAUGAUUUGGGAGGCUGGUAUGACUGCACUGUCAGAAGGAACUAUUGACACUAUUGAUCCUUUGCAGAGCCAUGUUGGAAAAGGCAGGAAUUCCAGGAAGAGAGAUGGCCUAAGAAGGAAGCAGCUCUUGUAAAAGAGUGGUAUUGGAAAGUGAAGAAUAUGAAUAGAGAAUGUCAGUAAUAAGAGAAUUACAUCUGCUUAGGUAAAUUGGCAUAGCCAUAUUUAACUCAAUAUUUCUCUACAUACACAUGCCAGAUCAGCAUCUGGCUUGUACUGACCCACUAUUGCCUUUGCUUGAGAGAAGAAAGCCAGCUUCUGAAACAGCAAUUGUGUCAAAAGCUGGGGUAAGAGUAAUGGAAUCAACAGUGCUUAACAGUACUUGAAAAGAUUGGAUAACUGCUGGAAACACUGGGUAUUGUGGAAAGUAAAUGCUAAUGGACUUGAUCUGAUACUGCCUUGCAAUUUAUGGGGGCAUUUGUCCCUAUUCCAGAAAAGAUGAGAUCAGAGUUUUGCAGCAGUGUCACGGCAGGGUGAGUUACCAUGCACAUCUGAAACGUGCUUAGAGUCACUGUGGUGGUUGGCUUCAAACGCUUCGAGUCAGAUCCUUGUCAGCUUGACUGACAAGAGCCAGUUGAGAUAAUACAGGGUAUAUAUAGCACAGAGGGGUGUGGGCUGUCAGAGACCACGGUGAUGAAAGGAGCAAUUUAAAAUAGAAGAAAAUCUAAUGGAGAAAAAACAUGAUUUUGGUCUAUAUCACUAUAUGUGAAGCCUCAGUAUCAUUAUUUUAUUCCUAGUUUCAAAUGGGCACUAAGUUUGUACUUUGUGCCACUUGUUUUCGAAAGUAACAAAAAUAGUUUUCCAUAGCUGCUUUUUAGCACUUUUAACCAGUAAAUAGGGGAAAAGGAAUUAAUCACAGCCUUCUCCCUCUUCUCCUCCCUACACAAUGCAUGGUAUUUUACUCUCUUUUAUUUAAUUCUGAGUUCUUCAUUUCAGCUUCAACAUUUCCUUUCUCUUACAUGCUGAGAAGUGUCUUCCCUUUAGGAGACAACAAACAACUUACACCCUAGUAAGUGAAAAAUAUGGCCUUUUAAUACUAACUUUUCCGGACAGAGAACUUGCCACACUCCUUCAGCAUCCACCUAUGCCUACCCUGCCUAGUGGACGGCUAUUCUGGUUCCUUGGCAUCCAUUUCUCAUGUCUUUGGUAUAGUAAGAGCUGCGUAAAGCAGUACUGCAGGGCAGAGGUUCGGAAAGCUACUGCCUCAUUUCCUUACCAAGCUCAGCCCUUCAACCCUUGAGAUGUCUCCAAUCUUGCCUCAGUGGUGGGUGUUGGACAGAGAAAGAAGAGACCUGGCAGCACUGAGAGCUUGUCCUACCCAAAUUUAUACAACAAAAACCUUAACAAACAAGAAAAAUGAGAUCACAGAAGGCUGAUUCUGUGAUUUUCUGACUAGUUUUGGCAAAGCAGCUGGCCUACAGGUGAAACUUGCUUUUUCUCUCAGGGCCUUUUGGAUGCUGAUUGUGUUCAGGAAUUGUAAAGUGACUUGUCAUCUUCAAAGGACAGGUUUGUCGAGUGCUUUUAGGGCUUAGUUGAGCACACAGGUAAUGUGCUAUGCAUGUGAGUGGGAAAACUUUUCAUCCUUGGAAUUUUCUUCGUCCUGCUCCAUAUAUUAAAGCAAUGCAGAUGUGGAAGGUAAAUCUCUUACUGUGUGGGUUGACUAUGUUUUAUGUUGUGGCCUCUUAAGCUAACAGCAGGAAAGGAUAUUAAAGAUAUAUCAAAUAUUUUUCCUUUGUGAAAUACAAUCUUUACAUUUGAAUACAAUUUUCUUCCAGCGUUAUAAUCCUGAGAAAGGAUUCAUGAAAAGAACAGAUUAGCAUUUCUACUGUCAGGGCUUCAGCUGCCUUCUGAAUCAGUGCUAUUUACUGGUCCCUUUUAUGUUCUCCAUUGGGGAAGAUAUGAGCAGUUUGCCAUGCCUUCUAACAUUCUUGUUUUCAGCCAGACAAAUCAUGCAGGUGAAACAACAAUCCACAGCUCAGUUUAUUAUCAGCAUAAUUGUCAUCUGAGGUAGAAACAUCACAAGAAAUUUGAUUCUAGACUUUACAUUGCUUCUAGGCAUGAAAGAGGAGAUUUCCAGACUGUCAUAUUUUUAAUGAGUGAGAAUAGAAUAAAACAGCUAUUGUGCUGAGGUUCUUGAUAUAAGAUCAUCUUGUGGCUGUUGAGGAAUGCUGAGGUAAAAUCAGAGCCAGACAAAUUCGUCAAAAGUAUGCACAUGGUAAGGGCCCUGAGAUGUACAUAUCAUGGAACCUGACUACAAAAGGUUACAUGGGAGACCCAUGUAGGCAUGAAGCACACUGAAACAAGGUGUUCAGUCAGAAGAAUUGCUGCUGUCCAGAGAAGAGUAUGGAAGAGAAACUAUGAAAAUAGUAAGUGUCACAUUGCUAGUGUUCCGUGUUCUAAAAAGUACACUGAGGUAUGCUUACUAUAAUAUAAUUUGAGAUGCUUUCCUUAUUUCUAGAACACCAGAUUGACACAGUUUAUAUGAAUCAGAUUCCAGAAGAGACUGCAUACACAGAUGCACGCAAGCAUGUAUGCUUCUGAAAACCUCUCUGCCCAUUUCUGGUUCCCUGGAAUACCAGAGGCAGAAAGACUUUUGCAGGGUUCUCCGUUGGCUCCUUUGUGGCAAAAUCUCUGCACCGGAUCCCCACUGCUUAUUUCAGCUGCAUGCGGAUUGUUUUUCCACUGAGUAGAACGAUUUGCAUUGCAGUGGGUAAUAGGAGCUAGAAUGUUGGCAGUUUGCUGCAGUUAUUACAUUUUCAUGGUUUAUUUACCAUUAAAAGCAGUUAAAUAGAAUUAAAAAUCUCUAUUAAUGAACUGUAAAAGAAAUAUGUUGCUUUGCAGUGCUCACAGUUAGCACACUGUGCAACUUCAUUUGUGGAUGUAAAUUCUGUAUCUGUAUUUUCUUCCACAAUAGAUUGUAUAGUUUAGUAGUGUUUGCUGGAUUGUUGUGGUAUAUUGUAGUAUUGGGAUUGUCAGGAUAUGUGAAAAAGUGACUUUAAGGACCUUAGAUAUGAUAUAAUUUAUGCAAUAAUGGAUAACUUUCCAGGGCAAAAACCUGGGAAGAAUCUAAAGAAAUUCGAGACAAAAUAGUGAAUACUUUUUUUAAAGCAGAGGCAUUGCUGGUAGUUCAGAACUGUUUCUGCCCAGUAGCACAACACAAAGCUGGUUACUGAGAGCCCCUAAACGGGAAGUUGGAUGUUCCAUUGUUUUAGAGAGUAGCCAACCCCUUUCACCCAGUGUGGAUGGAUAAGAAGUGCUGUGAGCCAAGCACACGGUGGGAGCGUCCACUCCCAGAUGCCCCGAGGGUGGCUUUUCUGAGCAGUGUUGGUGUCCUCAGCUGAGCUGUGGAAGGGAACAGCCAGUGAUGUGGGCAGCCCAGGCGGGGCUUUCCCAGCCCUGAGCCUGCUCUUAUCCUUCCUGUAAGGAGCUGAUCUGUAGACAUAAUUUGUGAUUCCACAUUAAAGAGUGUUUUGGGUUUGAGUGGCUUUUCUUGAAAGCUUAGGAAAUUACUGCCUAGAAAGCACAUUAAAAGAAUAUUAUGUUUGCAAGUGGAAACAUACUGAAGCUCAGAUUCCCUGCACAACCUUAAUUCAAUCUUCAGAGUCUCUGUUAUUAUACAGCCCUUUAUUAAUUAUUUUUCCCACAGGAAAAUGUGAAGAAUGGAUCGAGUUCUGAGGAAAACUAAGAAACGUGCAGUGAAAGAGUCUUUGUCUUGUGAUCUCUACUUAUGGUGGAGCAGUCCAUAGAGAAAGGAAAAAUGGUUUUUUGUUUUAUGCAGCUGAAUACAGAAUUGUAAAAUGUGGAACUGCAGCAGUUGAGUGUUGUGGAAUUAGAUGAUGUCCUUGCCUCCAGCACAGAAUUGCCGCAUAGUACUUGUCAAGGCUUUCUCCCAGAGGCUUUUUGACAGAAGCUCUCAUGAAACUGUGGAACCUCAUCUGCAAAGUGAAUUGCAGUUGAAAGCAAUGACACCUUCUUUAUGGUGAAAAUUGAACUGUAAGCAUCAGUUCAGGCACCUUAAGUCAGCAGAGAUAUUUUCCUUUAAUUUCUGCUCCCAUCUGGAGAUAAAUGGUUCUCUCACUUUCUGAAGUUUUUUUUUUUGUGAAAAAUUAUUUAUAGUUUGUGAGUAAUGGAUGCUACUAUAACAUAAUGAAAUGUCCAUGAGGAAAUCAAUAAACCUCUUCAGAGAGGAGUUUGAACUCCUGCAUGGAGCCUACAGCAGUGCACUGAAUGCUGAGCCAAAGUGCCAAAGAGCAUUUUCUGUAGCUGUCUGCCUGGUAUUUAUGGCUUCUCUGUCCCCUGAGUGAGACAUAGAUCUGUGGAAACAGUGGAUAUAACAGUAUUAUUAAAGUUAUUUCCUAACAAAGA